UGCCAGACGCGUUGCUGCCUUGACAGCUGCUGAAAAGCCCCGCGCCUAGCCUUUGUCUCCACAGCCUACCUAAAUGGGACUUUAAUGGAGAGACGCUCUAAACGCGACUUUUCAUGUUGGACGCGUUAUGUACGGUAUUACCCAGUUCCCUCCCAUAUCAGCCUCAAAAUCUCAAUACUUCGUCUCUUGUCGCCUUCGAUUUACUCCAUACGCCGCCUGCUGGAUCCAUUGACAAGGAAUAAGCUUAAGCUCAAACCCAAAUCUAAAGUCAAGCUCAAGGCCAAGCCAACAUGUCGGUGGCCGGGGCACAGCAGGCCAUUACCCAAGGCGCAUUAGAUGCCAUCUUCAACGAACCCGGGACCGCCGACCAGAGAUUUCCCGUACCUGUCCUCCAAUGUCUUCAAAUCAAGCCUCUAGCUGCCCAGCAAGCACCUGGUGGUCCCACUACACAAGAGCGCUACAGAGUCGUGCUUAGCGAUAUCAGGAACUAUGUCCAGUGUAUGCUGGCGACUCAGGCCAAUCACGUCAUUCACGAUAACCAGCUUGCUCGGGGUUGCAUCGUCCGCGUCAAGUCCUACCAAGCAAAUGAAGUGAAGGGAAAGAACAUUCUGAUUAUCCUCGACCUCGAAGUUGCCACUGAGCUCGGAACGCAUGACCGAAUCGGUGAACCCGCUCCCUUUGAAGCCAAAUCUACAGAUACCUCCACCGCCAUUGGCGGUACUGGGUUCUAUGGCGCUAAAACUGAGUCCCCAGCACCCGUCAUCAAGGCAGAGCCCAUGUCGUCACGUAUGGGUCCGGCCGGCGGCGGAAUGCAGAGCACCGGCUCUAAAGCUCAUGGAAACAUCGUCAUCUAUCCCAUUGAGGCAAUCACCCCUUACGCACACAAAUGGACCAUCAAGGCCCGUGUCACAUCAAAGUCUGAUAUCAAGACUUGGCACAAAGCGUCGGGUGAGGGCAAGCUAUUCUCAGUGAAUCUCCUCGAUGAAAGUGGUGAGAUCAGAGCGACAGGUUUCAAUGAGCAAUGCGAUGCGUUUUAUGAAUUAUUACAAGAAGGCCAGGUCUACUACAUUAGCACCUGUAAAGUGAAUCUUGCAAAGAAGCAAUUCUCUAACCUUCCUAACGAUUACGAGCUCGCCUUCGAGCGAGAGACGAUGAUCGAAAAGGCAGAGGACCAGAGCAGCGUGCCUCAGGUCCGCUUCAACUUUGUACCCAUCUCCGAACUUCAGUCAGUUGAGAAGGAUGUCACAGUAGAUGUCGUUGGUGUACUCAAGGACGUAGGUGAAGUAUCCCAGAUUGUCUCAAAAACCACACAAAAGCCCUACGACAAGCGUGAGCUCACACUCGUUGAUGACUCACGGUUUUCAGUUCGCCUCACAUUAUGGGGUAAGACCGCAACUACAUUCAGCGCACAGCCUGAGUCGGUAGUUGCGUUCAAGGGAGUUAAGGUAUCCGACUUUGGCGGACGGUCACUAUCUCUCCUCGCGUCAGGAACCAUGGCCUUGGAUCCCGACAUCGAGGAGGCUCAUCGCCUAAAAGGUUGGUAUGAUUCCGAAGGGCGCGCCGACAACUUCAGCACACACAAUAGCAUGGCUUCCAUGGGUGCUGCUACGGGACGCAAGGACCAGACGAAGGUCAUCUCACAGGUCAAGGACGAGGGCUUAGGCAUGGAGAACCCGGAUUACUUCACGCUCAAGGCAACAAUCGUGUAUAUUAAGCAAGAAAACUUCGCAUACCCGGCUUGUAGCGAAGAAGGCUGCAAUAAGAAGGUCGUGGAUCAAGGCGACGGGACAUGGCGGUGCGAGAAGUGCGACAUUGCGCACGCACGUCCACGAUAUCGCUACAUUAUGAGUGUUAACGUCAACGACCACACCGGUCAGCUGUGGCUUUCGUGCUUUGAUGAUGUUGGUCGCAUCAUAAUGGGCAUGACCGCUGAUGAGCUGAUGGAAGUCAAGGAGAAUGACGAGGAUCGUGCUCCAGCUAUCUUCGAAGCUGCCAACUGCUCCAAGUUCACAUUCCAAUGCCGCGCAAAAAUGGACACGUAUGGCGAGAAUCCAAGGGUCCGGUAUCAAGUCAUGAGCGCAACUCCAAUCGAUUACAAGACAGAGGCCCUGAAGCUAGCCGACAUGAUCAAGCAGUUCGGUAUCAGCUCAUGAUAAAUGAAUAGUACACCUACCUACACAUUGUUUAUCAGCCUCAUUGCCACCCUUAGGGUGCUACGUACCACCUUGGGAAACGUACUUAGCUUCAGGAGAGCACUUACAUAACACCGCCACUUCGGCAGAGAUUAUACAGGGUCGGAUGGAUCAGAUACGGAAAAGCAAGAAAAGGGGUUUGUGUCUAUGGGAAGUCGGUCAUCACACAUUUGCAACUGACCUAGCUGUUUCUAACGCAUUUCCACUCUCAGCCCCAGAAUAGUGCGGGCACGUGGUGGAUCAGGACGGACGUG